AUGAAGGAGCUGGUGGAUGUUCUGUACUACGACUAUGUCCUGUCAAAACUAGCAAAUCUAUAUACGCUUGACAGUAGAAACGAAGAGAUUCUCCAGUAUCAGAAGAUCGCACAAAAGCUGUUGAUCAAACUCCGUGCAGACAAGAUAGUGUUUGAUGCGGAGGUAGGGCUGAAGUUUGUAUAUGUAAAGAUGUAUGACCUGCAUUUUUCAUUUGCAAAGUGUGCAGGCAGGUUACAUGUGUCCUGCUGCACAAAUCACUAUCUAAAGUUUCUUAAAACAGCAUACGACUAUCUAAUGAAGAUUUCGUUUGAGUACAGAUGCUUAAGCGAACACACUGGAUUUAAUAAGCUUGUUUAUGUGAUUGCCAUAGCUGCCUUGAUGAACUCAGCAACACAUGAGCAGUUUAUUAUGAUUAACGAAGCGGAGGAGAAUGCAGAUACAAUUGGAUCAUACCUUGAAAAGCAUGGAAUCAGGAUUAUAUCUAACGAGGAGUUCAAAGAGGAAAAAGCAAAAGCUUUCAAGACUACAGAUAUAGUGAUAAAUAAUGAGAGCGAGGGCCUGAAUAAGUCGUUUCAGUUGAUAAUGGAUGAGCUGAAGAAGAUUUACAUGUCGUUUGGGUUUCCGUUAUUGCAAUUUUUUGCAACAAACGAGGUGAUCAGGCAAAAGGAGACGAAUCAGAAUGAACUCAAGGGCAUUGAAGGAAUACCCAAGGAUGCAGACAGCUACAAAGAAAGCAUAAUAAAAGAGUACAUGAACAUGAAAGCAGCACUCAACAAGACAAGGAGCAUAUUUAUCAAUCCGAAGGACAAAGGAGAAAAGAUUGGAUGGGGAUCUGAGAGCAAUAUAUGCAGCUGA